UAAAAGCACGUAUUUACACAUUGCGUGAUCAUUUUUGUGAUCAGGCUUCACACGCGCUACCCAAAAAAAAAAAAAAAAAAAAAAAAAGAGGGGGGGGCUUUCUCUGUCCAGUGCCUCUGUUAUGACCCUGAUCGUGAAAACUUUAGUAUUUAAAUGUGACCUUGCUGUUUAUUUAUUCGCUAAUUAGGUUUACUUCUAUAGCGCUUUUUAUUAAUAUAAUUAUCUUUACAGGUCUGGAAAAUGGUUUCACCUGAGCAACGCGCAAAAUGAGCUCUGAGGUCUGCCCAUUCUGUGGGAAAACAUACAAAAGGCUGCAGAGACACCUACCACACUGCAAGGCAGCAGCGAGCUCCAAAACAUUCCCAAAUAAAGAAGAUGUCAAUGCCAAUCUAACAUCGUCUUCUCUGCUGGCUCCAGUGCUACCCAAAACAAAAGCAAAGGGAAAGAAGUCUACACAGACUUCAUCAGUGACAACAGAUCUCCAUGCAGAUGAAGGUAAAAAGGUGACUGUGUCUUCAUCAGAACUGCUGCUGUCAUCAGUCAAACCAAAUGCAGCAUCAGUUUCAUCAUCAACCAAGAAAAAGAAGAAGCUGGCUGAUCAAAUCAAAGACGCUACCCUUUUCUUGUCUCAAUCUCCACCUCUGUCUCCUACCGUCUCUAAGCCAAAAAAGAAGAGCCUGCGCACUUUGUUAGAAGCUGCAGAGUUUGACCAGAAAACAAAGGGAUCACAAGGGUCAGUGACCAUAACUAACUCAGAAAAAGUCUCAACAAAAGAUACCAGUCUUACCCAUCUGUCUGCAGACACUAAACCUAAAGAUGCUCCUAAAAAGACAAUAUCAAAGACAACAAAGGCUCUUUCCACAACCAAAACUACUUCCAACUUUCUGGACUCUGAAGUAAACGAAAGUAAAAGAAGACCUCAUGCAAAAGGAAACUUAUGGGAGGAUAGUGAGGGAGAGGUAGAAGAUCCAGUUGUGAAUAAGCUGUUUUCCAAAUCAGGAAGUGGCCAGCAGGUGAAGGUUACUCUUCAAGAUGUUAAAGCUACAUUAGACCGAUCUAACACCCGCCGUCAGUCCAGCAAGGUGAGCAUCCUGAGCCAGAUUGAAAAACUCAGACUUAACUCUGAUCUCAGUCCAGUCUCACUUCCAGUGAAGAACCAAAACGAUGCUGCCAGCUGCUUGGUCACACCAACUGUCCUGUCAGAAAACCUGCUCAGCACCACCUCACAACAGACAGAAGCCAAGUCAGUUGAGAAAGAGUCUAAACAAACAUCUUUAAUUCCUCUGCAAGACGAUGCCGCUCCUAAGCUCAAACCAACCUUCCCUGCAGCUUACCUUCCCUCUGCAAAUUCAUUGUCUCAGGUGUGGCAAGCCACUCCAGGUACAGUCAGCUUUAAUAAAGGCCCGAAGGUGGGUCAUCACAUGGCAGGGCCCCUCUCCAUAUCACCGCCCCUGCACCAGUUGUCCUGCCCUCUUCAAUUCCCUCCAGCACAAAGUCUGCCUGGUAGGGCAGAGGAGUUGCAACUAGAGGUCAGGAAGCAAAAAGCUGCUGAAAAGCUACCAGCAGAAGCGCUGACACAGCUGAGUGUUGGACAGGUGAGACUGAGGGAGUUACCUGAGUGGAUGGCCUGCAGAACCCCCAGUCAUCCAAGAGAUGUUGUAGAAAUGGUGCAGAGAGGCUGGCGGUGGUAUUACAGGAGGUACGUAGAUGUAAAAAAAGCUGGUGUAGGUGGACUGGGCAUGUUGCUGGUAGGAUACUGUGUGAUCAGCUACAUCUGGAGUUACCCUCAUAUAAAACUCAGUCGUUGGAGGAAGUAUCACUGAAGUCAACCGUGUUUGCACGACUCUGAAGAACAUGACUGAAGAAGGAACCCGACAUUUUAAUCACAUUUACCUCAGAUCAUGAAUUUGCACUCUGAGAAAUUAUUGAUUGCUGCCACCAAUUUUGAACAAGUAGCUUCGGCCAGCAGCUAGUUAGUUUACAAGGCUGGAACAUGCAGUUAUUGUCCAACUAUGUCCCACUGGCUCCACUAGGUGUCAUUGUUGGGUUGUGUUACUGAAAACCAAAAGGGUUUGGGAGGCUGAUGUCUGCUAUGCAGUUUUCUUAGCUCUUUUGUGUAUAGGCACUGGUUCUGGGGCCCAUCAGAGGAUUAAAGUGAACCUAGAGAUUGUCUUUACCUGAGAAAUUGUGACUAUGACCACAACAAUGAAAACAAACAUGAUCUCUAAAUGUCUUGCUUUCAGAAUCCAUGACAGCAUCAUAUUUGUAGAUGGUCUGUUUUCCUUUUUACAAAUGCUUCCUCUGUCACAUGAUAUGAUUGUGCAUGCUUAGUCCAUCAGUGCCAGUGUGCGAACGCUCACAGAAUAGUAAUGGAGGGACACUGAAGGAGGUUCUCAGCCGGGUUGGACCUGUUCUGUUCUUGUAUUUCAAAUGAAUUUAUUGUUGACUCUCCUUGCUGCUGUAGUGAACACACAUUAGCUACUAAUGAAGAAAUUACAGCAUUUUUGUAACUACUUUUCUUGACAUCGCCUCUCAGCCAACACAAUAAAAAUAAUUUCCAUUUUUCUUUAAA